CGCAGAGACGGAAGAACACGGGGCAACUUUGCUUCUUUACACGAACACCCUGAGUGAAGAGCUCAGAGCUCGAAAGAUCGUUAAUCUCGAAGAGGGCAAUUACACUUCAGAAUCAAUCACACUGAUGCUGAUGCUGCUGUUUCGUCCUGCAAGAGGGUGCAGACCCCAAACAAGGUGUCACAAAUUAACUUGACGCCUUUGUAUCACAUCUCAGUGUCCAAAGAAACGCUGCUGAAAAAGCAAAUCCAGGUGAAGGAAGCUAAUUCCACUCCAGUAUCUACUUUCUGAAUAUGGAACCUGCUGUAGAGGAAGCUGAAGUGUCCAAAACCUCUGAAAAUCACAUGCUAUGGGUGGAUCCUCAGACCCACCUGACCAUGAUUGAAACACCUUUUAACGUAACUGGGCAUGAUGCAGAAAAGAAAAGGCAAGAACGCAUCAAAUGGCUGAUAGACACAGUAAAUGUGACCGCAUACAUUAAAAGUGCAGCUACUCGCUUUCCACACGUUGCCCAGGAAUUUGUGUAUUCGGCAAUCAUUGCUUUACGUGCAGUUUUCUGCACAAUGGAAGAGAUACCAAAUGAUCUGGCUUUGGCUAUAAUCCCCCAACUACUGGACCAGCUUCACUCAAAAGAAAGACCUGAUAUAUGGGAAGCUGUUCUGAAAACGCUGUAUGUGAUAACACAGAAAACAAACGGCACAAAUGGCUGGGAUCCCAAAUUUACUGAGAAGUUAUGCAAAACAGUUGCUCCUUUUGUCAAGAACCAACACUCCUCUGACAUCAGAGUCUACACAUACGGCGUCUUUGCAAACAUGCUUUCAGUUGAACAUGCGGUCAACAUCUUUCCAUCAGUGGGGAUCACUUCAGUGCCCGAGGACGUACUAUUAUCUGCAGAUAUGAAAAUGAAUGACAAGCUGAAAGAAGUUCUCAGACGACUGAAAAAUCAUUUCAACUCACCAAACUUGGAAUCGAAAGAUAAUACAGCCUCAGCUGGAUCCAAGAAGAAGAAGAAGAAGAAGAAGAAAAUGAAGGAAAAGUCAGAAAAGCAAGAAGAUCCGAGUGAUGAAGUUUGCACUGCUGCAACUGAUCCAGCAUCAGCUCCUGUUGUGGACUCAACUUCAAACGUCAUCACCUCUACAUCAUCAAUGCCACACAAAUGGCUGCAAAUCAGCAAGAAGUUUAAAAAAAAAUUGGAGAAGCUUCUGAUGACCGACGAAAGUAAAGUAACCAGAAUUGGGAACAUCAUGUAUGUGAAUAAUGCAGAAUUUCGCAUUGCAAAGGGAAGUGAUGGUACUGAAGUCUUCUUGGGGCUGAGAAAAGAUGGCACUGAACUUGCCAUUAAGAGAAUGUCUAAAAGCAACUACAAGGAGCUGAAGAACGAGGAGGGAAUCCUUCGACUUCCAAAGCUCGAUCAUCCAUCUAUUAUACGAUACAUUGACUUUGAAGGAGAUGAGAACUUCGGAUAUCUUUGUCUUCAACUUUGUGAGUACACCUUGGAAGAAUACAUCGAAAAGAUUGAUGACGGCUCGCAGAGAGAGAAACAUGUCAAACAGAUUCUCAAGAGUUUAAAGACGCUUCAUUGUCAAAAACCUCCAAUUCUCCACCGCGAUCUCAAGCCACGGAAUGUUCUGAUCGAUGUUAACGAGAGGGCGAGAUUGGCUGAUUUUGGCAUCAGCAGGCAAUUACUCGAUGACCAAACAACUCAUCGCACAAACAGUGCAGGAACAAAAUGCUGGAUGGCCAAAGAGACUUUAACUGGGGAAGGCAAAAUACCAUACAAGCGGAGCAGCGACAUACAGGUGGCGGGCAUGCUAAUCUAUUUUGUCCUCUCUGGAGGACACCAUCCUUUCGGUGACAAAUCCUGUAAAUGUGAGAACAACAUCAUUGAAGGGAACUACAGUUUGCACCAUGUUCAGGAUGUGGUGGCGAAGGAUCUCAUCGAGUGGAUGAUCACUGAAGAACCAAAGGACAGGCCUAAAGUGGAAGAAUGCUUGAGUCAUCCCUUCUUCUGGACCCCUGAAAGAAGAGUCGAAUACUUGAGAAGGAUCGGAAACAUGCCGGACGUGAGAAAAUAUAAAGAUGCAGACCCAGAAUUAAUUUCUUCAAUGGAAGAAGGUGCUGGGGUUGGAUCUUUCAAACUGUGGAAAGAGAAGUUUCCAGCAGAGGUGGUCCAGAAGAUGGAAGGCACCAAGAAAGUGUACAGCGAAAACAUUCUGGGGUUACUGCGCUUCAUACGAAACCUCUAUGAGCACGAGGCCGAGGAUGCGUACAAAGUUGAUCUGAUGUCGAUGUUUCCUGGUCUCUUUGGAUGCGUUUACACAUUUGCCAACAGGAAAGGGUGGAAUUUAAAGACACCUCUGCAGGAAAUGUUUGGAACAUUGUUUUCCAGAGUUAAAAAGCCCCCCACAAAGGAGGAGCAUCUCAUCGCCCCAGUUCCCUUCUGAGCCAACUGCAAAUCUAACAGGGGAACCUUUACUCUGCUAUUGAGGCCAGUGAAUGAAAUCAAUGGAGGAUGUGAUUUGCUGAAAUACAGGUUUCCGUCUGUCAAAAAAAAGAAUAUUGUUGCAGUUGUUUUUGCAGCCUGUAAGAUGUAUUUAAAAUGUUGCUAUAAGAUGGUGUGACAGUUUGCUUUUAUAAUAUGUGUAUGUAUGUAUGUACACUGUAUUGUAUGUACACUCGUGAUAAGGAUACAGUGAUGAUGAUGUGAGCCCAGUCAGGUGUUUUUCAACAUAUAUGAGGGAUGGUCAUACGUGUCAGGGCCCACAAACUGAAUCUGAAAUUUUUUUUCUCGUUGACUCUGGAGGACUUAUUUGUCAGGUCAUAACUAUUUCCAGAGAUUUAGUGUAAUUAUGAUGCAAAAGAUGAUAUCUGCAUAUUUUGACACUGUUUUCUUUAUAUAUCUAUAUAAAGCACUUUCAGAAUAUGAUUGGCCUGACCAUACAGUAUGAUGAUACAGUAUGAUGCCCAGCCCAUGCACUGUAUGUGUUGGUGCCCCAUUGCUACUUUUAUGAAUAUUGUUUAACCUUAUUCUUUUUUAAAUGUUGUUUUUAAUGUGUUUUAUGGUGACCCCGAUGAAGGUCACACUCCAAAACCUAUUUAUCUGACAAUAAAGUUUGUUUUUAUAGCACAAGAGUUGCUGGAGUUGACAUCUUCAGACUUUUCCACUUCUCUGUGUACCUUGAAAGCAGGUGAGGGUGUGUCCAAAAUCCCUGCUUUACUGCGCCAGUCAGGUGUACUAACUUCACUCAUGUUUCAGUCCUCAGACCUUCACCAGACAACAUUCAUAGUCACAUAAAGUUGCUGUUCAUGCGCGAUGCUUUUAUUAUGAAGGACCCAUUGUUCAAUUUCCGUUUUGUUCUGACUAAUUCCUCUUCA